AUGGAUGCUAAAGAUUUUUCAUCAAAAAUAUUCGGACUUGUUGGCAAUGAGUGUAUGGCCCUUGAAGCUUUAGAGCUUCUCAAGGAUGAGUUCUAUGGUGUUGUUCGCCCAAAGGACAACGAUCCUAAUGCAGUUUCAGAAAACAAUGGAGUUUCUACAAAAAUUCCAAUCAAGCAAAUAAGAAGUAGACGACUAAAAAGAAAAGAUUUUUCUUUUUUAAAAAAGUUUAAAAAGGCCGAUGUUUUGGCAAAAGAUGCUAGUGUUGAGAAGGAAAUACCUUUGAGGUAUUCUAUCGACAUUCUUGCUACGUAUAAUGAAAAGGUCAAUAAUAUUAUCGAAAAUUCUUCAUUCAAUGAGGCUUCCGCAAACAAGAUUAUGAAUGAAAUAUCAAAGAAACUCAAGAAUAAGGUGCAAGAAGAGGUGCAUGAAGAGCGGCCCGAGUUGCCAUUGAUGUUUAAAGAAAAGAUUGAAGAAAUAGGGGGUACCGAGGUGAAGCUGGUGAUCCAGAAGGAACUAACUAACUCUGAUGUCUCUGAAAACAACAAUCGUUUGGCCAUUCCAACAAGAAGGGUUAUAGAGAAUUUUCUGACACCAAUGGAGGAAUUGUCUUUGGAUUAUGUGCCUCAAAAGAAAAAAGGGAAAAAAGGAAAGAUGGCUGGCAUGUCCGUGUUUAUGCUAGAUCACAAUCUUAAUCUUUGGGAUGACAUGUACUUGAAGUUGUGGAAAAUGGAGACAACUGAGAUAUAUAAUAUCACUGGUAAAUGGUACACAUUUGUAGCAAGCAGCUAUUUGAGAGCUGGGCAGAAGGUGCAACUUUGGUCAUUUAGAAGAAACGGACAACUAUUCUUUGCAUUUGUCAAGAUAUAG